AUGCACCAAGUCUUCGACUUGACCAAUGCUAAUAGAUACUAUAGUCAUCUGCUAGACAAGAUCCAAGCAAUCGGCAAGGCUUCGCUUCUCAAAGAGCGCGAUAUGCUCAACGGCAAACCGCUCCCCGCGCCUAUUAAGAGGCGCUUGCUAGCUUGA